UUCACCCUGUAGCGAGAUUGGAUAUGAUACCAGUACAGUUUACUAAUGUCAUUACUUCCUGCAGCUUUACGACAGGACUAGCAGAUCAUUAGAAUUUGCUUGGUUUGACAAACAGUUUUGGAGGUUUCUUUGCUGUUACUUACAUGUAGAUGUUGACAUUGAGUCCAGUCCAUUGACUAUCACUUGCCCACGGGAUUGUGAAAUCAGUGAAUGUAUUGCCAGUAUAGCCACGCAUAGGUAAAUUGUUUGAGACAUACAUGUACACCAUAGGCGGAAGUGUUUCACAUCCACGGAGUGUACAGUAUCUAUGUACAGUAUCUAUGUACACCAUAGAUACUGUACACUCCGUGGAUGUGAAACACUUCCGCCCACUACCAAAAGUCCUGAAACACUCAUUGCAACGGAUGACACGGACGGAAUUCCCUAUAGUAUACGGAAUCUACUGCAUGGAUACAAUAAUAACAGUAACUACGUGUGAGUGAUCAGAUAACUGAAGCUCCCAGUCCAAGUUCUUCCAGUGCUAACUGAUUCUCUGCGCAGGGAGAGCCAAGAGAGAUGUUCAUGAAUGAAAGUGGAGAUGCAGAAAUCAUAUUGGAACCUGACAAAUCUAGAUCUAGCUACAUGUACACUGCUGACUUAAUUUUUGUGAUGAUAUUGUAUAUAGCACAGCAUGUAUGCACACAGAAUAGUAUAUAGGCAGGCAUCCAUGCAUGGAGAUAGACUUAGUAAUAGACAACUAAAUGGACAACUAAAAUUGAUUUAAAGUUGAAGGAGGAUUCUUCUUCGUCUUAUCGCUACUUGUGCUCGUACACUUGUUUGUUAGUCUUGCAUCAGGGAAUAAUUAUGCUCCUUUCCGCUUCCUUUGUUGAUAGAGCAUUACCUAAAUUAAAAAUAUGUAUGUUAGAAUGCACGUAAUAAUUUACUCCGGCCGCUGUACGAUCAUGUAUGCAUUAUCAUCAUACAGUACAUUUGUAUGAGUAAACAUGUUCACCAUAAAAAGACACGCUUUCCUGAAAUAACAAAACAUUUACUGAGGGUCAAAUAGAUUCUCCUGGUAUAAGGACAUCUAUAUUAUUGAAUGACCACAUCAUUAAAAACUAUCGCCCGAUCUCUCUACUGUGUAUGCUUUCUAAAAUUCUAGAAAGAAUUGUUUACAACCACAUAAUUGACUUCAUUAGACCACAGCUCUCAACAAAUCAAUUUGGUUUCCUAAAGGGCAGAUCCUGCUUAUCACAGCUGCUAACAUCAUACAGCGAGAUUGUGGAAGCUCUAAAUGCUGGAGAAUCCUGCGACGUUAUAUACUUGGACUUUGCUAAGGCGUUUGAUAAAGUGUCCCAUAAACAACUGUUAUUCAAACUAUGGAGGUUAGGCAUUACAGGUAAUGUAUGGAAAUGGUUUGAAUGUUAUUUGAGCAACCGAAGCCACUAUGUCUGUUUAGAGGGAGCAAACUCUUCAUCACUAUCUGUGCUAUCAGGUGUACCUCAAGGCAGCAUUCUCGGUCCUCUGUUGUUUUUGAUGACACUAAACUAGUGAAGCGAAUAGCCAAUGCAGAAGACCAAGCAGACCUGCAAUCUGAUCUAGACCAUCUUGUCACAUGGUGCAAGGACUGGAACUUAUCACUCAAUUUAGACAAAUGUGUCUACCUCCACUUUGGUAAAACCAUUCAUGACUCGCUAUAUAAUUUGGACUCAAAGCUAAUCUUAACAAGAGACUCUCACAAAGACCUGGGAGUGACCAUCCAGAAUAGUCUUUCCUGGGACCAACAUAUCAACAACCUAUGUUCGAAGGCCUACAGCUGUUUGUACCUUAUUAAAAGAAACACUCAAUGCUCUCAUGAUCUCCACACAAAAAGAACACUUUAUACUACGCUUGUUAGAUCUAAUUUAACAUUUUGUUCGCAACUGUGGAGACCACAGACACACAAGGCCAUCACAAAAGUGGAACAAAUCCAGAGAAGAUCUUCAAAGUUUAUUCUGAAUCUUACAUGUAGAUCUGAUAGUCUCGACUACAAAAGUCGCCUCAUUAAACUGGACCUUUUGCCACUAAUGAACUGGCUAGAGUUGCAAGAUGUCAUAUUCGCCGUCAGGUGUCUCCAAAAACCAGUAGACAACUUCGACAUUACUGAGUUCAUAUCAUUCUCUACCAGCAACACAAGACUAUCGUCUAAUCACAAGCUAGUUCAUAAAGGUCAUCAUCGCUCAAACACAACAAGACACUUUUACUUCAAAAGAUUGGUCAGACUCUGGAACGCCCUCCCUUUUAUAGAUCUCUCUCACUCGAUGUCAACUAUCAAGAAUCAACUCUACAAACAUUUCUGGGACAGUUUUCUAGAACGCUUUGACCAAUCAAUAAUUUGCACUUAUCACCUAGUCUGCCCCUGUUGCUCUGUAUAACUGUAUAAUUAUGUAUACAUUUUAUGUAGAUUUAGUCAGGUGUUCCUUCUAGGAACUUCCUGUCAGUAUGUUUAAUUUCUGACGCACAACAAUCUAUUCACCUUGUGUAAAUGUAAAGUCAUACUGUAAA